AUAUUCUUAGAUACACCAAUCGAACCCAAGCAGAAAUUUGCCAGCAUUGCACAAGACUCUUUCAAAGCUGAUAUUGUACCAACGAACUUCAGCUAUUCUCCAGAUGCCAGUCAAACUAUCAACUCUUGGGUGGAGAAGCUGACUAAUGGAAAAAUUUCUAAAUUAGUUGAUACUGGUGACCUCCAAGACGCUAUAAUGGUGAUCGCUAACGCCGUGUACUUCCGGGGAUCGUGGAGGUAUCAAUUCCCUAGAGAUCAAACGCAACUGGGCAAAUUUUACGUCCCCGACGCCAACGGCUUCUUAACUAUAAACACCCCGUUCAUGUCGACGAAUAACAAGUUUUACUUUCUUGAAUCGCCGACUUUGGAUGCAAAAAUUAUAAGGCUCCCGUACAAGGGAGGCCGCUACUCAAUGUUCAUUCUGUUGCCGAAUUCGAAAGGAGGUCUACCGAUGCUGAUGAAGAGUCUCAGCUUGCACAACCUGAAAAAUCUUUUGUAUCUGAUGGAUCUGAGAUUGGUGCAUGUUCAACUUCCGAAAUUCAAAUUCGAUUACCAAGUUAGGCUGAGUAAACCUCUUCAAGACUUUGGUUUACUUCAAAUGUUCCAAAACACAGCCAGUUUCCCAGGGAUAGCUAGAGGAAACAGCUCAUUGCUGAGAAAAUUAGUCGUGUCUGAUAUUAUACAGAAAUCCGGGAUUGAAAUUGACGAGGAAGGAAGUGUUGUCUACGCUGCAAGUGAGAUCACAGUUGGAAACAAAUUUGGAGAACCACAAAGCUCUUUUCACGCUAACCACCCCUUCAUGUUCUACAUAGAAGAAGAGUUGACGGGAACGAUAUUGUUCGUUGGAAAAUGCGAAAAUCCACUGGAAGAAGAUCCUGCUUCUCUGGCUCCUCGACCUACGGAAUGAAGAAUGAAGAAGUUAUAAGUUUCCGAAGAACAUGUUCAGUAAAUUUUGAUUGCAACGUAAGGAAUCGUAGUUCAGUUGUGGUAAAAAAAGUUUGAUAUCGAUGUACAUUCGACUGUUUCGCUUUGGCCAAAGACAGGUUUUCAAUAAAAUAUGUUCAUGAUAAAAA